AUGAACGGAAAUACGCAAAACAACCCGCCGCCUCCCCCGGGGCGAAUGCCGAGAAAGAAGAAAGCCCAGCCCAUUAACCCCCUUGUCCGAGGGAUCGUGGCCUUUUGCGAUCAGAACCCACAUGUAGGAAUCGUACGCAGAACUGGAUCUACCACCGUAACCACCACCACGACUGGCGACGACAGAAAUCAAAGUGCAAAUUCAAGUUCAAGCACAACUCUACCCGUCGUGCUUACCAUCUCAGACCUACCAAAGAGAUAUACGGCUUACGCGCCCGUUCUACUCCUUCCCCCAUCUUUCAUCAGCGCGGCACAGCAGGUUCCUUCUCUCGCAGCAUGGCCACGCUUCUACAGCACGCUAACGGAAACCCAAAAGGCAGCUCUGUUCAGAUGUGUUGCCGAGGAGGGGUUCCGUGGGCUCUGCAUCUCGCGGAUCGCCAUCAAUGCACCUAUCGUUGCGGAGGAGAGGGAGGUCGGUGAUCAAGUGGUAGCGGAGGAGAGACUUAGAGAUGGAUAUGAUCACGAAGCAAAGGGCAAGCAGUGCACGAGGCAUCCAAACGUCCUUCGAAGCCCCUCGGGCUUAAUCCCCGUGUAUGGUGAUUGGGGUCCCGUGCUCCCGUUCGAGCAGCAUAGAGUACGUACUUUAACGCCCAGGACGGAGGAUUUCGAGGCCACAUUCUGGACGGCCACGGCGCAACAUGAAGGAAUUACGCAGAUUUGGGCGCCUCUCUACACCAUGUUCAGCCGGGGGAAUGUGUCUGAGAAGGCGCGCAUUCUGGGGUUGCGGUCUUGGUUCCCGGGGUUGAUCGCGGCACGUAAGGGGGAGGGCGAUGGUGAGGUUGAGCUCGUGAGUCAUCACGAUGUCAGUAUGGUGGAUGUUGUCGACAUGUAUGUCGGGAUUGGAUACUUCGCUUUUUGCUAUUUGAAGAGAGGGGUGAGGAGGGUUUACGGGUGGGAUAUCAAUCCGUGGAGUAUCGAGGGGUUGAGAAGGGGUUGUGAUAGGAAUGGAUGGAAGUGUUUGGUUGUUAAUGUGGACGUGGAUGGGGGUGUGGUAGGAGGCGCCAGGGACCUGGCGGAACGGAUUCGAGAAGGCGAUCAAACACAGAACGUGGUGAGAUGUGUGGCAUUCUUAGGGGACAACAAGUGGGCUGCGAAAGUCUUGCAGGAGAUUCAGGUUGAGUUCAGGAGGAUGGAGGCGGUAACAAGGUCGAGCUGGAACAUCAGGCAUGCUAACCUGGGUUUACUGCCGACAUCGAGAGCGAGCUGGCUUGACGCCGUGGUGACUCUCACAACCAUGAGCGAGGGUGGGAAAGGUGGCUGGCUUCACGUCCAUGAAAAUGUCGAUAUGCGAGAGAUCGAGCGUGUGGCUGGACGAGUGGUCGACCAAGUCACGGGGCUGGUUCAGAACAACUCGGGUGAUCGUCGUUACCACGUAUCUUGCCAACAUGUCGAGCAGGUCAAGACGUAUGCGCCUGGAGUCAUGCAUUGUGUUUUUGAUGUCGAAAUCACAUCAAAUGGUUAA